ACGCGCAGUCGCGAUUCGUAGACGUGCAUUCAAUCCAGGCGGUCGUCGCUUGUCGCAGCUCCCAAAAAAUCUUCCAAAAAUCUCCACGAAAAAUCUCGUCCCCAGCGCGUGUGUACCCCAACCCCCUGACUAGCCUGCCCGAAACGACACAAAACGAAAGUAAAAGUGCCAAAAAAUUGUAAAAAAGGAAGAUCGACUUGGAGCCAUUCUAACGGUUCCCAGAGCCCCCAAAAGCUACACUGAAAAUAUAUUUUAAAAAAAAAACCAAAAGCAGAAAAGGAGUUUCGUGUGCUAUCAAUUUUUUUUUGCGUUCCAUUUUGUUUUUGUUUCUGGUGAAAAUGAUAUAGAAGAAAACAAAUUUUAUUUAGCACAAGCCCGAACCGACAUUGGAUACUUUUGCCUGUGGUUGUUUCCAUCUGUUGUUUUUUUUUCUGUGAGUGUAUUUUUUGCUGAGUGAAAGUGAGGCAGAGACGUCGCAGGAACGUGCCCGAUCAAUUUGUGGGCCACUGACUCACACACGCACAGACACCAUCUUACCAUCAUACCCGAUCUACAGCCGAACGGGAAUGGGAAUGAUGGGUCACCAGCAGACGAUGCUUGUGCUGGCCUUGCUGCUCUCGCUCCUGGCCACACCGCAGGCGGCCAUCGACAAGGACGAGGGCAAGCAGUCCUCCUCCUCCUCCGUCAGGCACAACAUCACCGGCGAUCAGCACAACGUGAUUAACCUGAGCCUGCAUCCGGGCCAGGGCCUGCCCACCACCAACGAACCACUUCCGCUGCCAUCAGCCAUCGACCUUACACACGCCCGCCGCCUGCGGGAUGCCCUCAACGUGUUCGAUCUGACUCUGCUGGCGGAUAACUGGAGCAUCCUGGAGGCCUCCGGCGCCCUCGGCACCAACUGCAGCAGGGACAUGCGAAGCUAUCUGAGCGGCCUCAGCAACUCCAAGAUGUGGGCUGUCAAAAUGGACGAUGCUUCCGGCCAUUAUACAUCCGGUUUCUUCUAUGGCAACAACUAUUGGAUGGGUUCGUUGGCCCUUUGCGAUGCCAUUGACGAUGGCCAGACAAUGUCUGCCGCUGCCGCUGCCGCCGCUGCCAACGGCAAGGACAACAGCUCCGCCUCGGAGGAUGCCGCUGCUCACCCAAAUCGAAACAGUGGCCUGCCCUUCGCCGCGGCCCACACGCAGGCCUACAACACAGUCUACAAUGCACCGCCGCCCUUUGUGCCCGGCUUCUAUGUGAUCAAGAUGCAGCUGAAUGAGACACAGCCCACCGAAGUUGUGCGCACCAUUUAUGUGGGCAUGUGUCUGCCCUCGAGCUGCUCCAUUGCCGACAUCAACGAGAUGACCAGCCAUGCCCGCCUGGAGCUGCCGACGCGGGAGCUGCGCGUCCUCGACAUUCGCGUGCCCACCGACAAGGAGUUCAACAUUUGGGCGGACAAGACCUUCUGCCUGCUGAUCGUGGUGUCGGGCAUUGUAAUGGGGCUGAUCUGCUGCGGCACCCUGUACGAGAUCUAUCUGAGGCGUCGCCUCAAGGAGGCGCUGCGUCGCCAGGACAAGGAGAUGAUGAACAACAGCGAGACGAGCUCGGGCAUUGGGUGUGCCUCCUCCGACUACAGCGACACCAUGACCGCCCACGAUGAUCCCCUGAAGCAGUCCUCGCACACCUCCCAGUCCAGUUCGCUGAAGCAGCUGGAUCAGCUGGUCCUCAACCUGCCGCCGCCACUCACAGGCAAUGACAACGACAGCGGCAAUGGCCAUCACGAUCACCACUCGCACGGUCAUGGUCACGGGCAUGAGCUCGAGCACGAGGAGGAUCAUCAUGGGAGCAGCAGCAGGAGCAACAACAGCAACUCGGAUGAGCAUCUGGAGGGGCAUCUGCACGAGCCGGAGAAGCUCAGCAUCUACUCGGAGCUGCUGCUCUCCUUCUCGGCGAUCACGAACUUCAAUGCGAUCUGCGAUCGGAAUGUCGGCGCGGACACGAUACCCUGCAUCCAUGGGCUGCGCGCCUUCAGCAUGGCCUGGGUGAUCCUCGGCCACACGUGCAUCGUCGUCUUCAAGUACUCCGACAACAUGGAGAUGCGCAAGAAGGUCGAGCAGAACUUCUUCUUCCAGGCCAUCACCAACGGCCCGUUCAGCGUGGACACGUUCUUCUUCAUCAGCGGCUUCCUCAUCUCGUACAUAUACUUCCGCACCAAUGCCAAGGGCAAGCUGAACAAGCUGAGCAAGGGCGCCAAUGAGUUCACCGCCGGCACCGCACACUUCUUUGGCCUCGUCGCGUACCGCUUCAUGCGCCUCACCGCCCCCUAUCUGUUUGUGCUGGGCGUGGUGCAGGUGACGAUGAAGUAUCUGGCCGCCUACUCGAUCUUCGAUCCACCCACCAUGGAUCACAUCACCUGCCCGGACUACUGGUGGCGCAACAUUCUGUAUAUCAACACCCUGUUCCCCGUCGAUGAGAUGUGCAUGCUCUGGAGCUGGUAUCUGGCGAAUGACACACAGUUCUACAUGAUCGGUGCCAUCAUUCUGAUUGUGGGCGUGCGCCACUUCAAGCUGUCGGCCAUUACUACGCUGGUGUUCCUGGUGCUCUCGUGGAUCACCACCGCGGUGAUUGCCUUCACCAACAACCAUCGCCCGAACACCGACGAUCCCUUGGCGCUCUUCGACAAGAUCUACGACAAGCCCUGGACCCGUCUCGGGCCCUAUCUGAUCGGCAUGGCUGUCGGCUGGAUCCUGUUCCGCACCAACUGCAAGAUUCGGCUGCCCAAGCUGACGGUGGCCACCGCCUGGGCCCUGGCCAUGCUCAAUCUCUUUGUGCUCGUCUUUGGGCUCUACCAGACGGAUCUGUCGCAGUUCACGGCCGCCGCCUACAGCUCGCUGAGCCACUCGGCCUGGGCGCUGUCCCUCGCCUGGAUCACCAUUGCCUGCUCCACUGGCUACGGGGGCUACAUCAACUCGCUGCUGUCGGCGCCCUGCCUCUAUCCCUUCUCGCGGGUCACCUACUGCGCCUAUCUGGUCCAUCCCAUUGUCAUACGCUCGAUGGCGCUCAACUCGGAUGCGCCACUGCAUCUGGGCGGGGAUCUGAUGGUCGUCUUGUUCUUUGGUCUGACGGUCGCCUCCUACUUCCUGUCGUUCGUCGUCUCGAUGUCCUUCGAGGCGCCCGUUGUCACAAUGCUGAAAAUCUUGUCACCUAGUCGAAAGAAACGUCUCGCCUAAAGCCCCAUCCCAAAACCCAUAUCCGAUUAUUUAUGCGUUAAUAUACAUACAUACAUACAUACACAAUCCAUGUUAUCAUGUUAUCUAUUCCUCGUCCUUGUGCUUGUCCUGGAACGUAAUCAAGCAACGUACCUCCCCCCCCACAUAUUUAUAGCAUCGAUUCAUACACAUACAUACAUACACGAUUCUCUAGUUCAGAUCGUUUUCUACUAUAUACUUAUAAAUAAACAAAACAUAAAUAUAUAUCUAAAUAUGUAUCCUUCAGUCCUUGACUCUAUCUCUCUCAUACAUGCAUACAUAUGUACAUGCAUCCUGUAUGCGUUCCAUUAAAUUGUUUUUUUUUUCGCGUAAAAUUCUUCUUUAUUUUGUCUCAUAUUAUUUUUUGUUUUUGUUUUCAUAAUGUGUACAUUUUAGUCCUUUAAUUUAUUCCAAUGGUUUGGAAAUUUUGUGCGCGACGAUGAGCAAUACAUAUGAUAUUUAGUACUUAUGUAAUAGUAAUAAUUAUACGAAACUCUAGUACCUAAUUUUAUAAAAAUCAUGUUGUAUAUAUACUCUAUACUCUAUAUUGUUAUAUAUAAAUCUU